AUGUCGAUGGGACGUAGAAUUUUUGAAGUGCUUCGAAAAUACUCAAGAUUUAUUGGACCAGGCCUAAUGGUCUCCGUUGCGUAUAUGGAUCCAGGUAACUAUAGUACUGCAGUUGCUGCAGGUUCAGCACAUAAAUACAAACUGUUAUUCUCAAUAUUGGUCUCCAAUUUCAUGGCUGCCUUCUGGCAGAUUCUCUGCGCCAAACUAGGUGCUGUUACAGGUUUAGAUCUGGCGCAAAAUUGUAGAAAGCAUCUGCCGCAUGGUCUCAAUAUUGCACUUUAUAUCUUUGCAGAAAUAGCUAUCAUUGCCACUGAUUUGGCGGAAGUUGUUGGAACGGCCAUUUCAUUGAAUAUCCUUUUCAAUGUGCCUUUGGCUUUAGGUGUCGUGUUAACUGUCGUGGAUGUGCUGAUUGUCUUGAUGGCUUAUAAACCCAAUGGCGAAUUAAAGAUAAUAAGAGUGUUUGAGGCAUUCGUAUCUUUAUUAGUCGUCUUGACUUUGAUUUGCUUCACGAUCGAAUUAUUUUAUGUGGAUUUGGGACCUGCUUCAGAGAUUUUUACAGGGUUUUUACCAAGUAAAGCUGUCUUUGAAGGUGAUGGUUUAUACCUAAGUCUGGCUAUCUUGGGUGCAACAGUAAUGCCACAUUCCUUAUUUUUAGGUUCUGGUGUUGUUCAACCAAGAUUGAGAGACUAUGAUAUCAAUAAGGGCUAUUACAAGCCCGAUGAGACAGAUGUUGAAAACAACCAUCACAAUUACAAACCAUCCUUUGAGGCAAUUAAUGAAACUUUACAUUACACGAUGGCAGAAUUAUUAGUAUCUCUAUUUACAGUGGCACUAUUUGUAAAUUGUUCCAUUUUAAUUGUAUCAGGUGCUACACUAUAUGGUACUACUCAGAAUGCCGAGGAUGCUGAUUUAUUUUCUAUCUAUAAUCUUCUAUGUGAAACAUUAUCAAAGGCAGCUGGUACUGUCUUUGUAUUGGCAUUAUUGUUUUCUGGGCAAAGUGCAGGUAUUGUUUGUACAUUGAGUGGACAAAUGGUCAGUGAAGGCUUCUUAAAUUGGUCUAUCCCACCAACAUUGAGAAGGUCCAUUACACGUGCAGUGGCCAUUGCACCAUGUCUCAUAUUGGUAUUAGUUGCCGGGCGUAGUGGAUUAUCCGGGGCAUUGAACGCAUCACAAGUGGUUUUGUCAUUGUUAUUACCCUUUGUGUCCGUGCCACUAUUAUAUUUCACUAGCAAGAAAGAUAUUAUGCGUGUACAAAUCAACGGUAAUAACUCAUGUAGAGAGUCCAAUUAUAUUAAACAUCAAGAAAGAAGCGAAGAAGUAAUACCAUUGAGAAAUAUGAAUGAACGAUCCGAGGAAGAAGAAGAUGAAGACGAAGAGAGAGAAGGUACCAAUAGUGCAAGCUUACCACUUGCCGAGGAUAUCCCAAUUUACAAGGACAUGAGUAAUGGGCCUUUCAUCACAGCAUUAUCCGUCCUGGUAUGGCUGAUCGUAUCAGGAUUGAACUUCUACAUGUUAAUAACGUUUGCCAAUGGACAAGAUGUUCAUUUGUAG